AUGGGCAAGUCGGUGCUAAAGGCCUGGAUGCUUAGUUGGGCUAUGGUCCAUGAGACCAAGGGGCUGGUCCUGCUGCCGAACGAACGCAUCAUAUACACCUCCCCGCUGCGCACAAGCAUAGCUCUCAAGUCCAUCCACCCAGGCCCCGACAAGCAGUCCUUCGCCAGGCAGGCCAGCACCGGCCAUGUCCACCUCACCAACCAGAGAAUCGUCUACCUCCCCUCGCAACCCACACAAGAGUUCCAGUCCUUCUCCGCGCCCCUGCUGAAUCUCAUAGACACCCACGUUGCCGCACCCUUCUUCGGCCCUAAUGUAUGGAACGCAGUCGUCCAGCCGGUCUCGGGCGGUGGGAUUCCGGCUUCCUUUGCAGCCAUACAGCUUAAACUCACCUUCAAGGAUGGAGGGGCGUUUGACUUCCACUCGAACUACGAGCAGAUCAAGGAGCGUCUGCAACAAGCCGUCGAGCGGGCCAGGGAGAGCGGGCUGAUAUCCGGGGACGGGGCGCAGGUAGGAGGCUCCGGACGAGACGGCGGUGCGUUUGGCGUCGUCGACUUUGCGAAUGUGCAUCUCGAGGACUUGCCGGCGUACGAGAGCAAUUCUACCACCGGUAAUAAUCAUGAUAUAUCAGGAACACUCCCCCCACAAACAACAACCACCACAACCACAACCACAACGACUGCAACGGCCACAUCAGCUGCAAACGAGGAUAGCAGGUCCGGCCGGCCGUCGUUCGAGACGCCUACUGAUCCGCCGCCGGGGUAUGAGGAGGUGCAGCAGCAGAGCGUCGCCAACGAGCUGGAGAACCAACUCCGCCGCCGCCGUCAGUAG